CGGCGGCAGCGGCGGCGGCGUGGCGGGGAGACGCUAGUCGCAGCCGCGGCGACCGCUCGAGCACACGUCGCGACCACCGCCCGCGCGCGCCACAAACAAACACUCCGGUAGCUCCGCUCCAGACCAAAACAAUACAACCACCUCCACUCAUCUGGACUCUGGAGUAGGAGGACAUCGUUGUAGUUGGGUCAGAACCCAAAAACUGGGCCAGACUAAUCUUGGACCCCAAAACCGGUCCAGCGACCAUAUGAUCCGCCUGCGGACCCGGCCGGCAAGGCCGUGAUCUCCGAUACCGGGUCGUCACGAUGUGGACCGUCUACUUAAAGUGCAUUUAACUAGCCCGGAAGCCUGUAGUGUCGAGUGAACUGUUGUGAUGUGCAUGUGAAAACAGUGGUGCUGUAAUGGAUAAAGUGAUGGGUGAAGAGGGUGGUGCGGAGGAGGGUGGCGAGGGGAAGGGGAAGCGCGGGCUGAGCGGGUCCAUGUCGCUGCGCACGCGCAAGCUGGGCCGCCGGCUGUCGCGCAGCAUGUCCAUCGUGGCGCUGAAGCUGCCGGAGAAGGCGCAGAGCCUGCAGCGCUCGUCGUCGCGGCUCAUGCGGCAGGCGUCCCGCGACAAGAAGCCGCGCGCCUUCCACCUCGCCGUCAUCCUGCCCGACAAGACGCAGCGACAGGUGUCGGUAUCAGGCAGCGCGACAGUAGCCGAGGUGGUGAGCGAGCCGCUCCGAGCGGCGGGGCUGGCGGCGGCGGGAGCGCCCUCUGGCCCGCUGUCCGCCCCGCGCGCCGUGCCACUGGGUGCCCCCCUCCCCGCCCCCGACGCCCUCGCUGUCACCCCCGCCCCCGCGGUCGCCCUGCUCUUCCUCGGCGACUCCAAGGCCCCCGUCGACCCCCGCGCCCCCGCCUCCUGCCUCGAGGGCGAGGUCCUCGUCACCGAACUACAACCACCCACCUGGGACGGCAAGGACCUGGAAACCUUCAUCGCAUGGGAGAAAAUUUAUGCAUCCACGCUGCUAUCCGCCGUGGAGCUGUACGGGCGUCCGCUGCUGCGCGCCGGCGCGCUGCUUCCAGAGGAAUUCACGCUGCUGUUCCACGCGCUGGGCACCGUCGCCGCCGCCAGCGCCGCGCUCACCGAGCGCAUGCGCAAGUACAUCGACUCUGGACUGCUGCUCACCGGGGACCAUGUACCAGGAGAUGAGAGAGAGAGAAGGGUCUCGGUGUCAGAGAAUAAGGAAAGAAGCAUUCUCACCGAAUUGGUGCAAGAAGGCGUGCUGAAUCAACGCGAUAUAGAAGAAAACUCCAUAAUCACAGCGUCGGAUCUAAACGAACAGGAUAAUGCAGAUCACGAUGAAAAUAGGUCCGUUUCCUCCACAAGUACCAGCCUUCGCAAGCAAGUCGAUAUAAACAUAGAUUGCAGUGAAUCGAUAGCCGACAGCUCGAUAAUAGAGUCUGUUGGCAACGUGACGACAGUGACCAUCAAGAGCGGGCAGUGCUGCGCCGACCACCGCGCCUCGCAGCACGUCAGCGAGAACGUGUGGGCCAACGUGCGCUGGGACUUCCUCAACCCGGCCGACUUCGGCUACGACCAGGUCCGCAGCGUCAAGCGCAGCCGCUCCGAGUCAGCCAUCACCCCCGCGCCGCGCAGACGCAACGAGGACGUGUACGAGACGCUCCGAGACAUAGAGAAGGAGUCGUGUGGCAGCAUCACGCCGUACGAGUCUAUAGAGGAUCUUUACGACUGCAUCAAGAACGGCGGCGCGGGCGAGUCGUCGCCGUCCAGCGCCGGCGCGGAGCCUGCGUUCCCCGACUACUACCAGGCUGGCAGCGCGCGGCACAGCUCCGCCUGCAGCGACAACAGCGGUGCCUCCUCCGCGUUUCCCCUGUCGAAAUGCGGGUCGAGUGACGUCACCGGGGCGUUCGCGUCGUGCGAGUCGACUAGCGGCGGCGGGUCGCUGGCGGAAGCCGCGGGGGGCGACAGCGAGAGCGCCGUGCUGCUGCGCCAGCUGUUCACGGGCGAGCUGCUGGACGCGUACGGCGAGUUCCUGGCGGCGUACCCGGCGGCGCGCGCGCUGCUCAGACGCAAGACGCGCCGCGACGACCACUUCGCCGCGCUCGCAGACAUCCGCCGCGGCGCCGCGAGGCACUCCAUACAAGACUACCUGCAGCUACCGAUCGAGAGGUUGGCGCAGUACGAGCGGCUGGUGGGGGGCGGGUGCGCGCGGCGCCGGGCGACGCGACUGUCGGACCUGGAGCGAGUGCAGGACCUGUUCCCGCACGACUUCCUCGCCCUGCACGAUGCUGAUGCCCCGGCGGCACUGGCCUCGCAUCAUGCCCAGAAAUCCAAGAGUCUUCGUAAAAGGCCGAGCCUGGACAUGGGAGGCGGCGUUACAGCUACUAGCACCAGCAACCUCUCCCCUCGGAACUUCAUCAUGGAGGCUCCGGUCCAGCUGUGCCCGCUAGGAACCAACUCCCCGCCCCUCGACCGUCACUUGUUCUUAUUCAGUGACUUACUCCUGGUUGGAAAGUCCAGAGGAACGAAUUGCUUUAAGCUGAAAGAGAGCGUGAGACUGGCCGAGAUCUGGAUCUCGAUCCCUGAUGGUGACGAUACUGGGUUCCUGCUGGGCUGGCCCACCGUCACUGGAGUCACCAACUACCUCGCCACCUACCCCACGCAAGCUGCCAGGGAUAGCUGGUACAGAAAAAUCCAAAACGCGUUGAAUGCUCAAAUAGCGACGGAACCAAAGUCAACUAACAUUCAGAUCUUCUACAAGGAUAUGGCAUCAUCAAUUGAAUUCUGUAAAACGGUAUCCGUGGGUCCAGAGAUGAGCGCCCGCUGCGUCAUCAGGCAGUCCCUCCAUGUGCUUCAGAACGGGACGACGGAGGGGGACCUAGACGGGGAGGGGGAGGGGGAGCACGAGGCCGAGGGGCGGUGGGGCUCCGCUAACGAGUUCGCACUCUGCGUACGGAUAUCCAGAGACGCGCCCCCCACACCGCUGCAUGGCAUUGAGAGACCACACGCUAUUCAGAUGUCAAGGAUACGACAGACACUAUCCAAUGAAGACGGCUUCGACUUGGAACACGUGAACGCAAAGAACAAUCCUUGCGGACUCGUCUUCGAGUUGCGGAAGAAAAAUCUGGGUUUAAAGAACGGCUCCACAACUCCUGGUCGCGGGCUGCGGCUGCUGCGGCGCGGCGGCCGGCUGUUCGGCGUGUCUCUCACGCGGCUGUGCAACGGGACGCCGCCGCCGGCGCUGGUCUACGCCUUGAGGAGACUCCGCGUGGUGGCGCCACUGACGCAUGGAGUUUUCAGGCGUAGCGCCAACGCGAAAGCGCUGAGGUUGCUAAGGGAUAAGCUGGACACGCUGGGCCCGUGGUCGGACGGCGCGGCGGAGCUGGACCGCGCGCCCGUGCUGCUGCUGGCGGCGCUGGUCAAGGAGUUCUUCCGCGCCCUGCCCCAGCCGUUGUUAGCUGCGGAGCUCUACCCCACUUGGCUGCAAGUGCUUAGUUUGCCUCAAGCGGAGAAGGUGCCGGCCGUCCGCUCGCUGCUGCUGAAGCUGCCCAAGUCGCACUACACGAUGCUCACAUACUUCGUGUGCUUGCUGCAAGCCAUCGCCAAGAAGUCCAACAUCAACCUCAUGUGUCCCAUGAACCUCGGCGUCUGCGUGGGCCCCAGCCUGCUGUGGCCUAACACUCCCUGUGAAAAAGCUCCCAAAGCUGUGCCAAUGGUAGUAGAACUUUUAAUUGUGAAAGCAGAAGCCUUGUUUGGGCCGCAGAUCGUCGGUCUGCUAGGCAGUGGCAGUCCGGAAUCUUCGAACGCGUUAUUGGAUUCGGGGGCUGAGGAAAGUGAUAGUCUGCAUUCGGUGGGGAUAUCGUUAGAUUCCAUGGAACUGUCGACGGCCAGGAAAGAGAAGUUAUCGUUGAGUCGGGAUUCAGGGUUGACGUUAUCUGAGGAUGACUCCAACAGCAAUGGCGGCAACAGCCCCGCGCCGCGCAACAUCCUGCACAGUCUUUCAGCCCCGACCUGUAACCUGCAGCAAGAGUCUAAACUCUUAGCAAAAUACAAUGAGAACCUCAAUGUGACUGGUCUUCCGCACGCCUCACAGAGACAAACCAUCUACUCGAACAAAGCCGAAAUGUACAGCACAGUAAACGAAGAUCUUUAUACAACACCGUACCACCAAGAGAGAUACCAACAUAACUCCAUCAAUGUUGGUAUCUCAAACGGCAUCGAUGAGAGGAAUUACGUCUCUAAGGCGCAAGUGCAGCGCACAGCUGACAUCUACGGGCAGAGCCCCGCCAAGUACAUCACGGGCAUGGAACCGCAGAAACCACCGCGGAGCAACGUCUCCAAGGCGGCUCGCACCUCCAAAGUGUACAGCAUGUUCGCUGAAACGCAAGAAACUGAAAAGACUGUUACCAAUAAAAACUUCAACAGAGCGAAAAGUUCUGACAAUCUCCUGGAGCCGAAACAGGAAGCGAUAGAUAAGAGAGAUCUAGUGUCUAGUCAGGAGAACAUCCUGUAUAGCAACCUGCAGGAGCUGGCCAUGUUCACGGAGAGCCUGCAGCGGCAGGGCGGGGGCGCGCUCCCGGGCGGCGCGCGCUACUCGCGGGUCUACUCCGGCUGGGCGGACAAGAGCGCCAACUACCCCGCCUCCACCGCCGCCGCCGACGCUAUCUACGGACACAUGGCCAAGCAAGGCGAAUCUUCACAGAACAAACUAGACGGAAACGUCACCCCGGCAGCCACCAUUUUUACAAGAAAUGACUGGUCUCGUCAAGCAGCGAGGACUAAAAGCCUGGAAGCAAAUGAAGAGGCACACAACAAUAUCAACAACAAUGAUAGACUACGCAACGGCAACUAUGAAAUAACAAACGUUAACUGUUGCAAAAAGAGACGAUUCGACCCCGCACACAUGUGCACCAAAAGUUGCAACCAAUCCCCGUUGGUCACGAAGCGUGAACCAACCGAGAAGCCCAUGAACCCGCUUCAGACAUCCUACUCGUACGUUGAUAACGUUCAAAGUAUCAACUCAGAAGAGUCAAAGAAAUUAAGACUCAGAAAUUACAACAACAACCGUUUGAAUCAAUCGAAAUCUCUGGCGAACAUAAUGUUGCAGAGCGAUUCCAGCAGCAGCGACACGCUGUACCAGCCGCAGAGCUCGCUCACGAGUCGCUCGAGCGAGUCGGCGGCCAGCGAGCGCGAGCUGGGCUACUCGCAGUACAUCGAGCCGCUCUACACGGCCGUGUACAACCGGCGGCGGGACAUCUUCCACGAGGAGAAGAGCAUGUUCAGCUCGGACAUCUACAAGGCGACGCCGACGGCGGUGCAGCCGGAGUACCAGGGCGAGGCGCCGGCGCACCUGCCGCCGCCCGUGCCGCCCCGCAAGGUGGUCUACCAGCGCGUGCUCAAGAAGUUCCCGCCCGUGCACGUGAGCAAGGAGGAUCGCCGCGGCGCGCCGCAGUACCGCGAGCCGCCGCGCGCCAUAGACAGCGAUGCCCAAAACGUUUUAGCUUUGGACGCUUCGGAAUCAGACACCGAGUCGGAGUCGUAUGUUUGAGCACAACUUGACAAGACUUUUGUAAUUAUUAUUAUGGAUUGUACUACAUUUAUCGUAGAUGCGUUUAUUUUUCUAUGCAUGACACGACAAAAUUUAUAAAGUAAUUUUCGUUUUCAGUAUGUUAAGGUAUGUCGCCUGAAUGAGUUGUAGCUGCAACGAGGUAUUGUAAACCCGCCUUUAACUUUAUAUCUGUGACCAUAGCCCGUGUUGUUGGUGAUGUAAUUCCAAAGACGUAAAAAUAGUUGCGAAGUUAAUGGUAUUAUUGUAAAUUGAAGUUUUCGUAAACAUAGGACUAUACCUAUAGUAGGAGCUAUUAAUU